AUGUCUCUCGUUUACGUCCAUUUUGAGUACCGCGAAAGCAGCCAGACGCCGAUAAUUCAAGAGAUUGUAAAUAGGUACAUCAAUGAGAAGAAGCUUCUCACUGAGAGACCCCGCGAGGUGUCGCAGUACGAACCGCUGACCAAGAUCCUCGUGUCCGUCGACUCGGAGUACGCGGAUCAGUUCAUGGCUGAAAUCAGUGCCUUAGAGUUAACAGCUGUCAAAAAGCAUGCAUAA